UCUGUUAGCAUGACGAGCAGCUGCUAGCCUGUGGCUGCUGGAGUACUCACGGUUAGCCACAUGUACGCUAGUGUCGAGCUGUUCACUGACUUGUCAGAGAAAGACUCUCGCACGCAUUCACCGGGAUAUAAGUAACAACACCGUUUUUGAAAAGCUAUUAUUAGCAUUAUUUCUGGUCUUUUCUAAAUCUGCAUCGCCCUUACGGUGUCGAUAUCAGGCGUAUCCACAAGUGAUUGGGCUCCAGCCGGAUCCACGCUGCUAACGCUCUCUGGGACAGAUUCCAAUGGAUAAAAAUGCACGAAGAGUUCGGAAUCAGGACGUGAACCCGUGCAUCGAGGAGAGCGAUGCCUCCCAGAAGUGUUUGGAUGCCUACAACUAUGAUAAGGGCAUGUGUUCAGCAUAUUUCCAGACAUACAAGAACUGUAGGAAAUACUGGCACAACAUCAUGCUGCAGAGGAGGAGAGACGGAGUGAGACCUGACAUGCCCACGGCUGCGGAGAGGCAGGAGAUGCUCACUGCCAUUGGAGGCAAACCGUACUGAGAGACAUCGGGCUCACACAGAGACACUGCAGAGAGCAGCGCCCAAGUAGACUUGACCUGUCUUCACACUCAGGUCCAGUGUCUCCACCGGGAACUGGUCUGUUCAUUAACAUGGAAAGAGAGGAAGGUCACAGAGAAGAUAUAUGACUUGAGAUUUAUUAAAUCAUUUGAUAUGAAACUGUCACAACAUGAAAAGCGUUUGAGGAGCUUUUCAAGCAUUUUUGUUUUGAUGGAAGAAAGUACUGUCAUGGUAUCACUAAUGUCAUUUUCCACUGAAGUCACAACUGCUGAGAUGGUGUUUUUGUGGAUUUUACCAUGAAUAUUCAAAGUCCUCAACAAGUAGACAAAUGCUUGAACCCACAGGCUGAAAUGUGUGAUUCACAGUGUUAAACAAUCUGUGUGGAGGACUUCUUCAUUUCUGAAAUCUGAAGCCUGCUGGGCACUAACUCAACAGAUUCCAGCUCACAAGCAUGGUGAAAUGUGUAAAUUGUGAUGGACAUCUUGCAUCUGUUUAUCUUUAAUAAAAAUAAUUGAGUAUUGUA